AUGGAAGAGCUUUUAAGCUUGGCUUUGGCUCAAGAGCCCCUUUGGCAAGUUGACAAGGAAAACAAUACUGAAAUGCUAAGUGAUGUCAAGUAUAUGAGAGUGGUUAAGGUGAGAGAAUGUCAAUCGCCCCCAACCUUGGAAGUUGACAACUCUCAUGAACCAGUUCUUGCAGUUAGUUCUGAAUCUUCACGAGCAGUUGAGUACUUCAAAACGAGUCCUAUCAGCAUUAUUGAACUUUUGAUGGAUUUGGAGCAAUGGUCACUUGCUUUUUCCAAUAUUGUCUCUAAAGCAACGGUAGUGGGAGUUUUGGCAUCAACGGGAGCGGAAAGACACUACGAUGGAACUCUCCAACUGAUGACAGCCGAGUUUCAUGCCCCAUCACCACUUGUUCCGACAAGAGAAAGUUCUUUUGCAAGGUAUUGUAAAAAGCUAGGCAGUGGCUUGUGGGGAGUUGUUGAUGUGUCCCCGGAAACGUUGCCCCAAUUUCCAUCAAGAAACUUUCGAAGACGACCAUCAGGCUGUUUGAUUGAAGAAAUGCCAAAUGGAUGCUCUAAGGUUAUAUGGGUGGAACAGGUGGUGGUGGAUAACAGACUGGUUCAUCAUUUUUUUCAGCCGCUGGUCACUUCUGGUUUUGCGUUCUGUGCAAAGCGUUGGGUUAACACUUUAAUUCAGCAUUUUCAAUGGUCUGCAACUGUAAAGGCUCCAAACAGUCCUACCGAUCGUGGCGGUAAUUAA